AUGCUCUCUCGCUCCUUACCUCGCCAGGCGGCCGCGCUCGCACGGCGUCGGGCUGCGCCCGUUGCUCUUCCUCGCUUUGCCUCCCGCUUCUACGCGACACCUUCCGACAGUCAGCCCCCACCAGACCAGAAACCUGCCCAAAAUUCAAAGUCUCCAGAGAGUGGAAAGGAUCAGAAGGAUGGUCAGGUGGAGAGCAAGAAGGACGAGACGAAGAAUGACCCCGUGAAGGACGACGACCCAUUAGCCAGUCUUAACGGGUUCUUCCAACGCUAUCGGAACCAGCAAACCGAGGCCGACAAGCAGGAAGCCGAGACCAAGACGGACGACGGUCCGGACGGUCAAGGCGAGAAGGGCUCCAAACGGAAUCAGCAGCAGCAGAUUCCCCCAGGAGGCCCUCCCCUCAACAGCAACCAGCUCAUUCUGCUCUCCACCGUCAUUGGUGUCAUCCUCGCACUGACGAACACGAGCUCCGGCUCACGCGAGAUCACCUGGCAGGAGUUCCGCACGGCUUUCCUCGACAAGGGCCUUGUCGACAGUCUCACUGUCAUCAACCGCACCAAGGUCCGCGUCAAGUUGCACUCCAAUGCCACCGGUUCCAUGUACCCCAACGCGCCUGCCGGCGGAGGCGACUACUUCUUCUCCAUUGGCUCCGUCGAGGCGUUCGAGCGCAAACUCGACGAGGCUCAGCGAGAGCUGGGCAUUCCAACCAGUGAACGCAUCCCUGUGUCCUACCACGAGGAAGUCUCGACCUUCAGCUACCUCCUCAGCUUCGGCCCCACUCUGCUUUUCGCCGGUAUCAUGAUUUAUCUCUCUCGACGCGCAGGAGGAGCGAGCGGCGGGAGCGGCGGACUGUUUGGUGUUGGGAAGAGCAAGGCGAGGAAAUUCAACAACGAGACGGACGUCAGGGUCCGUUUCGCUGACAUCGCCGGUAUGGACGAGGCCAAGCUCGAGAUUAUGGAGUUCGUUUCUUUCCUCAAGGAGCCAGCCCGCUACGAGCGACUUGGUGCGAAGAUCCCCCGUGGAGCCAUCCUCUCCGGCCCUCCUGGUACCGGCAAAACUCUCCUCGCGAAGGCGACAGCUGGUGAAGCCGGCGUACCCUUCUACUCCGUGUCCGGCUCUGAAUUCGUCGAGCUCUUCGUCGGUGUCGGCUCCUCUCGUGUGCGCGACUUGUUCGCCACUGCCAAGAAGAACGCUCCUUCCAUCAUAUUCAUUGAUGAAAUCGACGCCAUCGGCAAGUCUCGUAGCAAGGGCAAGGGCUUCGGGGGCAACGACGAGCGCGAGCAGACGCUCAACCAGCUCCUCGUCGAGAUGGACGGUUUCGGAACGACGGAGCAUGUGGUUGUCCUCGCUGGUACCAAUCGACCGGACGUCCUCGAUAGCGCUCUCAUGCGUCCCGGUCGCUUCGACCGACACAUCGCCAUCGAUCGCCCAGACGUUGUCGGCCGCAGAGGUAUCUUCAUGGUCCACCUCAAGCCGCUCCGCCUCUCCGACACCCUGCCCGCAACGGAGAAGUUUGCGGAGAAACUCGCCGUCCUCACCCCCGGUUUCUCUGGUGCUGACAUCGCAAACGUUUGCAACGAAGCAGCUUUGCACGCUGCUCGCGUCGGAAACGAGUCGGUCACCGAAGACGACUUCGAGUCGGCAAUCGAGCGCGUGAUCGUCGGCCUCGAGCGCAAGAGCAGACUCCUCAGCCCCGAAGAGAAGAAGACCGUCGCGUACCACGAAGCCGGCCACGCUAUCUGCGGGUGGUUUUUGGAGCACGCGGACCCGCUCCUGAAGGUCAGCAUCAUUCCCCGUGGGGUUGGUGCGCUCGGGUAUGCGAAGUACCUUCCGCCAGACCGUUAUCUCCUUUCGACGCCUCAGAUGCUUGACCGGAUAUGCAUGACCCUCGGGGGUCGUGUGUCCGAGGAGAUAUUCUUCGGCGCGGAGAACAUCACCACCGGCGCCCAGGAUGACCUCCAGAAGAUCACUCAAAUCGCGUUUGAGGCCGUGGCGAACUACGGCAUGAACUCCGUCGUCGGCCCUGUUAGCUACGGUGGCGCAAAUGCGACACAGGAGUCGAUGGUCAAGCCGUUCAGCGAGAGAACAGCGGAGAUGCUCGAUGAGCAGGUUCGGAAGAUGAUUGUAACCGCACACCAACGGACAACAGACCUCCUCACGAAGCACAAGAUGGACGUCGAGAAGGUCGCAAAACUUCUGCUUGACAAGGAAGUGAUCACCCGUGAGGACAUGAUUGCCCUUCUCGGUCCCCGGCCGUUCGCGAACCGCAGGGAUGCGAUGGACAAGUGGUUGGAAGAAAAUAGCCAGGAGCGAAGUGCACCCCCACCGUUGGAGAGCGACGAGCCACUCGGUGGUGCUGCUCCCGCAGCAAAGCGGAUAGACGAGCCUCAUCAGUAG